AUGGAGGGUACAGCACAUUGUAGACCUGAAGGAUUUUAUUUUUGGGCUUAUUUCUUUGGAGCUAAUUUUGUAUGGGCUAUUGCUGCUACCACCUUGAUUUGGCAAGGAUGGUGUCAAAUAGUUAGUUCUCCCAAGAAUGAUAGAUAUGAAUGUGUUAAAGUUUUAUCAUGGGAAUAA